AUGGGUCUUGAUCAACAAUCUCUUGUAAAGACUACGGCUUCCCAUGUCGGUGCAAUCAAUACACACAUCCAGGGAAUUGACGGACGCAUGCAGACAGUUGACUUGAAUGUUCAAGGGGUUGGAAUGAGCGUUACGAAAAUCAGAGAAGACAUUACAGACUUGAGGAUAGUCCAGAAUUUGAAUUUAAGAGAGGCAGAUAUUAUUCAGAAUAAAAAACAACGCACUGAAAUCCUUGAUUGGCUUUAUUCAGAGGACUUCCGCACGGUGCAUGAAAACAUAAGUAGUAGGAGGAAAGCACAGACAGGAGACUGGAUUUUGAAGAGAAAUGAAUUUCGCCGAGUUAAUUACAGUUCUCAAGUCAUCGACUACCUUGAAUUCGAGGCGCCAGCCGCAGGCUAUGGAGUAGCACAUAUAUAUUUCAACUUCAAAGACCAGAGCCGGCAGACACCAGUGAAGGUUCUUGCUAGCUUAGUGAAACAACUCGCCUGUAAAACACCACAUCUUCCUCGACCAAUCAUAGAAAUGUAUAAUAGAUUACACCAUGAAAAGCGAAGACCGGGCCUUGAAGAUCUAUACGGCUUUUUCCUUACAAUUACGGGCUCUGGAUCAUUCAAUCGAAUUAUCAUAGUCUGCGACGCACUGGACGAAUGCGACCCCAGUUCCCAACGUUUACAGUUGUUACCAUUGUUCCAUAGGAUGGGAGAUGACGGAGCUAGCUUGUUCUUGACUAGUCGUGAAUAUCCUGAGGAUAUUCAGAGUUCCCUUGACGACAAAUCAACGAAACUCAAGCUUUCUGCAAACGAUCAAGAUAUUCACAAUUACAUUGAACAAAAGAUAGAGGAAAACCCUAGAGCUAAACGCCUUGUAAGGGAUGGAGGAAUCAAGGACAGGAUUAUUUCCGAGCUGACAAAAUGUUCCGAUGGAAUGUUUCUGCUUGUUCAUUUCCAUAUCGAGCACUUAUGUCAGCAGCCUACGACCGCAAAGAUCCUUCAGGAGCUCAAGAAAUCCAAUCUUUCCUCUUAUUCUACCGAAGGAAAGCCACUAGAUCAAACUUAUGACAGAGCCAUGGAACGCCUCCGAUCUCAACCCCAAAAUUGCGUAGACCUGGCCAUGAGAGCCCUUUUUUGGGUUGUCGGAGCUUAUCGAGCACUUCAGAUCCAAGAAUUUCAAGUAGCAGUAUCUUUAGAAGCGCAUUCAAAACAAACAACUAUAGAUGAGCAGGAUCUUCCCGACGUCAAAACCUUACUCGACGUUUGCACCAACUUUUUGACCAUCGACGAUAACGAUGAGCUUCUACUCAAUAACGGGGCCGAUAUCUCAGCUAGUAGUAAAUGGAGAAAUACUCCACUACAUCUUGCUGUCUCUGACGGAUCCGUGGAAAUUGUCCAGCUUCUACUCGAUAACGGGGCCGAUACCUCAGCUAGUAACGAAAAAGGAUAUACCGCACUACAUCUUGCUGUCUCUGACGGAUCCGUGGAAAUUGUCCAGCUUCUACUCGAUAACAGGGCCGAUGUCUCAGCUAGUAGUAAAUGGGGAAAUGCCCUACUACAUCUUGCUGUCUCUGACGGAUCCGUGGAAAUUGUCCAGCUUCUACUCGAUAACGGGGCCGAUAUCUCAGCUAGUAACGAAAAAGGAUAUACCGCACUACAUCUUGCUGUCUAUAGAGGAUUUAUCGAAAUUGUCCAGCUUCUACUCGAUAACGGGGCCGAUACCUCAGCUCAGACUAGUACUGAUGGAAAUACCGCUCUACACCUCGCAGUCGCUCUGGCAGACGUAGAAAAGACUCGAUUUUUACUCGAGAACGGGGCGGAUGUCUCAACUCGGAAUAACGCAGGAAGAACUUCCAUAGAUUUGGUAACUCUCUAUAUAAUUAAAGCAUCUAUGGCUGCUAUAGGGCACGAGUAUGAAAGGCCCUUCCGCUCUGUCAUUUUAGACCAUGAAUUUAGAGCGUUAGAAACCAUCCAGCUUCUGCUCGAAAAUGGUACUGGCAUCACAGCCCGCGGUCGGAAUGGUGAAAAAAUCACAAUACACCUCGCAAUCCUUGAAAAGAUUUUGGAAAUCGCUCAGAUUUCGUGUAGUGAUGGGAAAUGUCUUAAUAUUGAGAGAAAGGGAAGAAGUGGGUCAUUCUGUCUUUAUGGCGGCGUAUAUUCGAUACCAGACUCGAUUGAUAUGGUUGUAACGUUCCCAUAUAUAAGCCCAUGA